ACCAAACCGAGCGGCUCUAACCCACUUCUUCCUCCUGCAGCUCCGCCGCAGCAGCAGUAGACCUGUCGGGUCCGUGUCGGUCCGGACCGUCUGUGGGUCUGCGUCUGGGUCUGGGUCCGAGCCGUUCCGCUCCGGUCCGUGCCUUUGCGUGCGUGCGUGCGUGUGUGCGCGUGUAUCUGACCCGGUUUCUUCUCCGUGCUGUGGACCGGGAGAGCCGCUCUCUCCCCGCACCAACAUUUUCUUUAAUGACCGGAUUUGUGUUUUGCUGCGCGAUGUACAUGGACAGAAGCAGCCUGACCAGGGGUCCCUCCUCCUCCUCCAGUCCCAGCUUGCUGACGAAGAGCCUUUCCCUGGAGCCGCCGUGCUCCCCCUGUGGCCACCAGGGGGCGCUGGAAGGCGACGCCGCCCUGCAGUCGACCUCUGACCCCGGGCCCAGCUCCUCCUGCUCAGGCCCCGCCUCUCUAGAAGGAGGGGCGGAGCUAACAGAGAACCGCAGCCCAACUGAAGGAGUGCUGCAGGUCAACGACACAGGCCCGCCGGAGCUGCCGGUGACCACGGUAACACCACCGAGCAAGAGCCGACCGCCGCUGCCCGGACCCAAACCGCAGGUCCCACCGAAGCCUCCGCACCUCCAGCAGCAGGCGGGAGCGUCCAGGCCACGCCCCCGAGCUCCAGACAAGCCCCUCCCCCCUCCUCCGCCGUGCAGACCCCUCCCGGCCGACCCGCGGGGCGUUCGGACUCCGCCCACCCGUGGAGAUGGGACCGCCUCCCCCACCUGUGUCCUGUCACUCAUUGAGAAGUUUGAGAGGGAGCAGAUCAUCAUGGUUCCUGACAUCACCGGCGGCGCUCUGUGUCCCCGCCUCCCUGACCCCUCCCUCACCUCCUCCCAGCCUUCAUCACCUCCGUCAUCAUCAUCGCCUGCCCCUCCCCUCACUGAGGAGGAGCCGCCCCCUGAGCUCAAAGGUCACGACCCUGCUGAAGUCACUGUGGAGGCGGAGGGUGAAGGACAGGAGGAGAUCCUCCAUGAUGAAGAUGAAGAUGAUGACGAUGACGACGACGAUGAUGAUGAUGACGAUGAUGAUGAAGAGGUGGCAGCAGCGUGUCGGGACGACGUCCAUCAGAAGCGUCUGUCCAUGGAAUCAGGCUACAGCGCCUCAGAGAAACACCUGGAGGAUGAUGCGGUUGCCGUGGAGAUGAGAGAGCAGCAGCCGCAACCGCCACUGCUCGACAGCCAAUCAGAAAUCCCCUCGGAGCGUCUGUCCCUCCCCUCGUCACAGACAGAUGGAAAGCUGGCCAAUCGAGACAGUGGCAUCGACAGUAUCAGCUCGCCGUCGCACAGUGAGGAGCUCUGCUUCGCCGGCGUAGACGAUGGGGGUGUGGCUUACCCGUGCAGCCCCGCCCUCCUGCCCCGCCUCUCUAGCUCAUCCUCAUAUGCUGGUGAUGGAGGAGAGGAAGGGGAGGGGGAGGCACAGGGGGGAGCGAGGAGGAGGAGGGAGUUCUCUGAGGAGGGAGAUAGCGACCUGGAGGAGGAGGCGGAGCUAACGCUGGUGCUGCCGCCAGCGAAGACGGACAGACAGGACUCGACUGAGUUGUCCGUCCAACAGAGGGUUUUCAACAUCGCCAAUGAGCUGCUGCACACAGAGACCGCCUACGUCUCUAAGCUCCACCUCCUGGACCAGGUCUUCUGUGCCCGGCUCCUGGAGGAGGCCCGCUCUCGCUCCUCUUUCCCCUGUGACGUGGUCCAGGGAAUCUUCUCCAACAUUUGUUCCAUCUACUGUUUCCAUCAGCAGUUUCUGCUGCCGGCGCUGCAGAAGAGGAUGGAGGAAUGGGACCUGAACCCUCGGAUCGGGGACAUCCUGCAGAAACUGGCUCCCUUCCUGAAAAUGUACGGAGAAUAUGUGAAGAACUUUGACCGAGCCAUGGAGCUGGUGAACACGUGGAUGGAGAGAUCAGCUCAGUUUAAGGCCAUCAUCCAGGAGAUCCAGAGGGAGGAGCGCUGUGGAAACCUGACUCUGCAGCAUCACAUGUUGGAGCCGGUGCAGAGGAUUCCUCGCUACGAGCUGCUGCUCAAAGACUAUCUGCACCGGCUGCCGGAGGACGCUCCGGACUACGGGGACGCCCAGAAGUCUCUGGAGCUGAUUGCGACGGCGGCAGAACACUCCAACGCCGCCAUCAGGAAAAUGGAACGAAUGAGGAAGUUGUUGAAGGUGUACGAGUUGUUGGGAGGAGAAGAGGACAUUGUUAACCCGACUAAUGAGCUCAUUAAAGAAGGACACAUCCUCAAACUGUCCAAUAAGAACGGGACCACACAGGACAGAUACCUCAUCCUGUUUAAUGACAGGUUGCUGUACUGCGUCCCAAAGCUGCGUCUCAUUGGUCAGAAAUACGGGGUUCGAGCUCGCAUCGACGUGGACGGGAUGGAGUUGAAGGAAACCAGCAGCAUCGCCGUGCCAAGGACGUUUCUGGUUUCAGGAAAGCAGAGAUCUCUGGAGCUGCAGGCCAGGACGGAGGAGGAGAAGAAGGACUGGAUCCAGGCCAUCCAGGCGACCAUCCAGAGACAUGAACAGACCAUGGAGAGUUUCAGACACCUGAACUGCUCGCUACGAGACGACGAAUCAACACCGCCACACUCCCCGAGCUGUGUGGAACUGGGGAAACGAGCUCCCACUCCCAUCAGAGAGAAGGAGGUCACUCUGUGUAUGAAAUGUCAGGAGCCCUUUAACUCCAUCACUAAGAGAAGACACCACUGUAAAGCCUGUGGACACGUGGUUUGUGGGAAAUGUUCCGAGUUUCGCGCUCGGCUUUCGUACGACAACAACCGAACAAACCGUGUGUGUGUGGACUGCUACGCUACACUGGUGGGUGUGUCGCCUUCACCUGCUGCUCUGACCAGCAGCACCCAGAGGAGGCGCUCUAUCCUGGAGAAACAGGCCUCCCUGGCAGCAGAGAACAGUGUGAUUUGUAGUUUUCUUCACCACAUGGAGAAAGGAGGGGGGCGGGGCUGGCAGAAGGCCUGGUUCGUGGUCCCUGAGAACGAACCCCUGGUGCUUUACAUCUACGGAGCUCCACAGGACGUGAAGGCGCAGCGCAGCAUCCCUCUGAUUGGCUUCGAGGUUUCCCUUCCGGAGUCAUGUGACCGUCUGGAGCGACGUAACGCCUUCAAGAUCUCCCAAAGUCACCUGACGUUGUACUUCAGUGCCGAGGUGGAGGAGCUACAGCGGCGCUGGAUGGACGUCCUAUCACGUGCCGGCAGGGGGGAGGAGCUCCAGUUCCACCAUUCAAUAGUGGAGAGCGUGGAAGAGGAAGGGGAGGAGCUAGCUGCAGCAGCAGAGGGGGAGAACACGUGAUUCUAUUGGACGAGGAAUGAUGAUGCUGAAGAGGGCGGGGUCUUUAAAGAUUAACACACAAACACAAACACACAUAUACACACACACACACACAAUCUGAGCUCUCUGUGUAUUUAACUUUGGUGGUUCGUCUGCAUGAUUUCUCCAAGAUGGCUUCUCUAUUUCUCUCAUAUCACCUGACUUUAUGACAGUGAGGUGGGCGGAGCUUCAGAUAUGUCUUCUCACUGUAAAAUCUUAGUAAAGUUUAGUUUUUAGCAGAAACACUACAUUACCCAUGAGCCUCAGCAUCUGUUGCCAGUGAGAUAACUCCACCCAGACAUCAGAGUUUGUAUCAUAUUCAGAAAAUUAAAUCAUAUGUUAGAGUUUAAAGUGUAACUUCACUGUGCCAUGAUCCGCCCAGCGACAGAUUUUGAAGCUCCCUGAUUGGCUGCUUCCCUUAAUAUAGUCAAAUAUAAAGUAAGAAAAGUAACAAUUUAUUUAUGUGGAACUUUUAAGAACAAAAGUUACAUAAAAAUCUGCCCGGUGACAGAUUUUGAAGCUCUUUUAUUGGUUUUGUCCUGUAACACAGUCAAAUAUGAAGUAUUAAAGUAACAAUUUAUUUAUGUGGGACGUUAAUGACCAAAAUGUAAAGAGUAAUCUGCCCGGUGACAGGUUUUGAAGCUAUCUGAUUGGCUGUUUCCUGUAAUACAGUCAGAUAUAAAGUAAGAAAGACAAUGUAUUUAUGUAGGACUUUUCAGAACAAAGGUUACAGAGUGCUUCACAUUAAAAGCACAAACAAAUGUAAAAACCAAAUGGAAUUUAUUAUAAAAUAUAAUCACAUACAUAUAGUAUAUAUAUAUAUAUACAUACACACAUGCACGCACACACACACACACACACACACACACACAAUUUAAUCCAAACUAAAGCAAAACUCUGCUGCUGCUGGAUUCAAGAAGAGAUUAAAGAAGAAGAGAUUCUCCCCCGUUUUUCAAAGAUUUUCUGAGCUGAAAUGAAAGAUUAUGGAAUGAUCUGUCAGACCCAGACGGAGAAAGUUCUGAGACUUAAAAAAAAAAAAAUGAAAGAAGAAGAAACAGGCUUAUCUGUCCUUGUGCACUUCAGACAUUUAAAACCCAGACUAACCCCCCACCCUCACCCCCUCCCCAGACCCCCACCCUCCUCCUCCUAGUCCUGCUGUCUCACCUCCAAACCCACCCAUCUCAUCAUCUGUCUGGAGGUAAACUCCAUUACCCAGCAGCCUGCGAGGUAAAGGCGCUCUGCCCUCUGCUGGUGGAAGGAGAUACUGCAGGUUUCACAAAACAAACCGUCAGUAACUAAAUAAACGUCAGUUAAUCUGUCAGUUUCUGAAUCAUCACUUCCUUAAACAACUAAGACAUUAUUACUUUCUUCAGUCUGACCAAAAAAAAAAAAAAAAACAGAAUUAAAAUUACUAAGAAAUUUGAAA